GUGAGGAGCUCACCGUGUGUUGGGGGUCGACGAGAGGGGCUGGGGGUUUGAAUUUAGCACAGAAACACCCUCGGACGCACUCGCUCGGUCGUUCAUUCAGCCAGCCUGCCACUCAGCGAGGCAGACAAAGAGGAGCAGCAUCCUGCAGGAGGACAGCACGCUCCCCGGGGGAUGGGGCAUCAUACCCCUGCAUCGCGUUGGGGGUGUCAAAGGAGGCACAGGAGAGCCAUUCAGAAGAGCCGGGGGUCAAAGGUGAGAAGAGCAGAGGGCACCAUGGAGAGUGAACCUGGGGCCCCUGCCUCUACUGCCGGCAGUGCUGGAACCACUUCCACCACCAGCAGCUCCUCUUCCUCCUCCACCACCUCUUCCACCACUACCAGCGCUUCCAGCUCCACAGCUGUUAGCAGCAGCAGUACCUCUAACACCACCACCGCUUCCUCUACCCCUUCCACCAGUAGCAGUAAUAAUGUUACCAGCAGUAAUGCCAGUGGUAGCGCCACAACAGGAAGACAGGCAGUUCCUCAGAUAUCAGUUUACAGUGGACUAUCUGACCGACAAACAGUCCAGGCUAGCAUCGCAGCUGGUCGGCAAAGCUCUUCACAGAAUGGCACUUCAUCUCAGCAAACAGGGUCUACUCAGGCUACGAUCAACCUGACCACCUCCCCAGCAGCAGCUCAGUUGAUCAGCCGGGCCCAGAGCAUCAGCUCCACCCCCACCAGUAUCUCACAGCAAGCUGUUCUCCUCGGCAGCCAGUCCAACCCCACUCUCAGCCAGGCGCAGAUGUACCUGCGUACGCAGAUGGUGGCCAGGAGCUUGGGUCGGGCCGUUCCUCUUCCCUCGCAGCUCAUCUUCACUCCAGCCGCAACAGUGACGGCGGUCCAGUCAGAAAGUUCCUCACAGAACCAGGUCCAGAAUCUUGCGAUCCGCGGCCAGCAGGGGGCGACCACAUCCUCCUCUCAGACUCAGACCCCUCAGGCUCUCACUCUGAAGCAGAGCCCGGUGCCUAUUCAGCCCGCUUCACUCAUCAAGAACCCCAGCCAGGGAACCCAAACCUCCACGGGGGGGAAGUCCGGUUCUUCCGACAGCCACGCCGAUGGAGCAAAGAAGGGCGACGGCCCGGCGGUCACAGAGGUUCGCGCUCUAAAUAUGAGCCGCAAUGUUACGGCUGUCAGCGCUCAGUCUCUUAUCGCACCAGCUUACACCCCGAUUCAGCCCCACUCGCUGGUCCAGCAGCACAAGCAGCAGUUUGUGGUCCAGCAGAGCCAAGGUUCCCAAAGGACGACCGGCCAGCUGCUGCAGACGGCCUCCAUUCAGCCGUUGCAGCAUCCCGUCCCUGUUCUGCCCAAGCCUGCUCAUCACCAGCCCUCCACUCCCAGCCAGCAGGCCACCAUCUUCCACUCGACCAUCAGUCCCCACGCCCUCCACUCCUCACUCAACCACGCCAAAGCCCAGCCUGUCCAGCUCACUGCCAUCAACCUACAAAUACAGCCAACACAACAACAACAGCAGCAACAGCAACAACAACAGCAGCAGCAGCAACAACAACAACAACAACAACAACCUGCACCUUCCCCAUCACAACCCUCCAAACCUGGAGAGCAGCCCAAGGAUAAUCCUGUUGCUGCUCCUGUUCAACCACGAGGAGUGGGUUCAACCAAAAGGUCGAGUGCAGCGACAGAGAACUCCUCUCCAGCCAUGACCUCGGGGAAUGAGAGCGAGGCGCCCACCGUGACGGGCAGCACGCCGCAAAACGGAGAGAACAAACCUCCRCAGGCCAUAGUGAAGCCCCAGGUCCUCACGCAUGUCAUCGAAGGCUUCGUCAUCCAGGAGGGAGCGGAGCCAUUUCCCGUGUGUGUGGACCGUCUGCCCAUUCUCAUCGACAGCCUGAAGAAACUGGACCAUCAGCUCUCUUCAGACCCGGACAAAACCCCGCUCAGCAACGCAGCGAACACCGACUCUGAGCCUGAAGACCUGAACCAACCAGAGAAAGACGAGCCCAAGCUGACGUGUGAAUACUGCGGCUGGGUGGACUUUGCGUACACAUUCAAGGGCUCGAAAAGGUUYUGCUCAGUGGUUUGUGCGAAAAGGUACAAUGUGGGCUGCACRAAGCGGGUCGGACUUUUCCACCCAGAGAGGAACAAAGCAUCAAACCGCUGGUGCCGAAGAUCUCUCGGCCGCUCCUCUAUAGAGGCUAAAAAGCAGAAACUGUCCCCCUCUCCACAGCAGACUCAGGGCGGUUCUUUAUCCUCGCCACACGCCUCCCAGCCCAGUCAGGAGGAGUCCAGUCCCUGUUCAGACAUGUCCAGCUACGAAGAGCUUCCUUCCCCCAUGUCAGCAGACAGCUCAGUGCCCCUCGCUCCCGCUCCAGCCUCAGCCCAAGCCCCCGUCCAUCGACAGCCGAGCCGGUCCUCGGAUCAGGAGGGCAGCACCGGCAGAGAUGCGCCGUCGCUCUGCGAUCGCUUCCUCCCCAACGACCCCACCAAGUGGAACGUGGAGGAAGUCUACGAGUUCAUCUGUUCGCUACCAGGUUGUCAGGAGAUCGCAGACGAGUUUCGCUCUCAGGAGAUCGACGGUCAAGCCCUGCUCCUCUUGAAGGAAGACCACCUAAUGAGCACCAUGAACAUUAAGCUGGGACCUGCACUUAAGAUCUUUGCACGCAUCAACAUGCUCAAAGACUCGUAGCAGGAAAACGUGGGCAUGGACUGUAGCGUUGACUGUGCCAUGAUCUGAACUUCUCCACACUACCAGACUGGUUCCAUUCAUAUCUGACACAUCUACAGAUAAAACAGGCUCAGUGUUAUGAUCAGUUCUGUUCUUUUUUUAUGUUAAUGUAAGAAUUAUAUGUCUGAUUUGGGUUUAAGAAGUUGCAUGUUGCAGGAGGAAAAACGUC